GUCUUCCAUCUAUCAUCUCCCAUCUUUCAACAACACCACAAUCUCAAUAUUUGCCCUCCACACGCUAACAACGUCAAUCAUGUCAAACAACUACGGAUAUCAAAAUAAUUAUUCAACCACCAGUUACGGCGCACAAGGCGGGGCAGAUGGCGGUGGAUUUGUUCAAGGAGGAUAUGGUGGAUCGCAGGGAGGAAGCCAAGAAAGUCCUGGAGGUUCAAAGACAUAUGGUAAAGAUACAUUACGACCAGUAACCAUCAAGCAAAUUCUCGAGGCCGUGCAACCACAUCCUGAUGCAGAUUUCAAAAUUGAUGGAUCGGAAGUCACUCAGCUCUCAUUUGUCGGCCAAGUCCACUCUAUCUCCACCCAAGCCACAAACAAUACCUACAAAGUCGACGACGGCACCGGUCUCAUCGAGGUAAAACAGUGGAUUGACAAUGACGCUUCUCCCGAAAACGCAAGGCCUGUGCCAGAAGAAGGAAAAUACAUACACGUAUGGGGACGACUCAAGUCUUUCCAUGAUAAACGUCAUGUGGGCGCUCAUAUUAUCCGGCCCGUUCUCGACAUGAACGAAGUGACAUUCCAUGGAUUAGAAGCUACCCUGGCACAUUUAUAUUUCACUCGCGGUCCUGUCGAUACAGCGGGUACUAUGGCAAAGAAAGAGGGAGGCGAUGGAAUGUUUGUUGAUUCGUAUGGUGGCAACAUGGGAGCUGGAGAUGCGUCUACAGGUGGUGGUAAAAUAUUACCCGCGAAGGUAUCUCGCAAUUCGAGAAUGGUUUUCGAUUUAUUACAAUCAGAGCCUCAAAACAACGAGGGUUUGAAUGUCAAUAUGAUUGCGACCAAGCUUGGUAUGCCCGUUGCAGAUGUCUACAAGUGCGGAGAUGAGUUGUUGGCGGAGGGUUGUAUUUAUACCACGGUUGACGAUGAGACAUGGGCUGUGUUGGAGUACUAGAGGAUGCGAGAUUACAGCAUCAAUGGCGUUGUAGGAUGGGAUUAUGGCAUCUAUGUAAAAGUAAUGGCUGCAUAUAAAUGAAGUAUGAUUCUAUGAGAAGAUAUACCAGAUGAUAUUCUUAGAUUGCUAGAGUUAGAUAAAGAAAAGUAAUGAUGAAGUCGUUAUAUCA